CAAAAUUUAAGCCCGGUUCCAGUCCGGGUUCCAGUGUACGACGAACUUCGUGUCAAUGAGCAUGUACAUGGUGUGAACAUGCGUACAAGUGCCUUCAUGACGUCACACCCUACCCUCGUGUGCUCGGCUGAUGCAAGAGUUCUAAGUCCGUAAACGUAAACAAUAAACGCUCGAUUUGCUUCCUUUAGCGAACCAGGAAUUAUUUAUUUCAAGCGAUUGGAACCCAGAGACACUACUGAAACUAUCACAAUGGCCGAAGACGAAGCGAUAUUUGAUCCUACUGUGAAGAAGAAGAAAAAGAAGAAGAAGACACCUUUUGAUAUGGAGGCAGCUUUAGCUGGCGAGUCGACACCUGAGGCUCCAGCUACGGAAACCACACCAAUGGAGAGUGAAAAUAUCCCUCCUGCAAAUACACCAUAUAGCACACAGACUACGACCGUUCACAUAAGAGAAGAUGUGUAUCAAGAGGAGGAAGAGAAACCUGGUGACGAAAUGUCGCUUGAUUUAGAGUUUCGUGGAAAAAAGAAAAAGAAGAAAAAGAAACGUAUGGAUAUGACUGGUUUGGAAGAGGCUUUACCAGAGGUAUUGAAAGACAUGGACAAUGAUAUGGAGAGUGGAAAUGAAGCAAACAAUGUCUCCUCUGUGGUUGAAAAUGAUUUUGGCGAAUUAGAUUUAUCAUUGAAGGGGAAAAAGAAAAAGAAAGACAAAAGGAAAGUCGUCAUUGACGAUGAAUUAAAUGAAAACGAAAAUGAAAAGGAAGACAAUGAGAAAGACUUUGAUGUCAUGCUGGGUAAAUCUACCGAUAGCUCAACCUGGGCAGGGUCUGAGCGAGACUACACAUAUGAAGAGUUAUUGACCAGAGUGUUUGAAAUAAUGAGAGCAAAGAACCCAGACAUGGUGUCCGGUGAAAAAAAGAGGUUUGUUAUGAGGCCCCCUCAAGUCGUGAGAGUGGGAACCAAGAAGUCGUCUUUUGUCAAUUUUGCCGACAUCUGUAAAAUGUUACAUAGACAGCCCAAUCAUUUACUAGCAUUUUUACUUGCUGAGUUGGGUACAAGUGGCUCUAUUGAUGGCAAUAAUCAACUCAUCAUCAAGGGUAGAUUUCAACAGAAACAAAUUGAAAAUGUUCUUAGGCAUUAUAUCAAGGAAUAUGUAACUUGUCACACAUGCCGAUCACCUGAUACUAUUCUACAGAAAGACAAUAGAUUAUUUUUCCUGCAGUGUGAAACGUGUCACUCAAGAUGUUCAGUAGCUAGCAUUAAGUCAGGUUUCCAAGCCGUCACCACGAAGAGAGCACAGAUGAGGGCCAAGGCCACAUGAACAAAUCUGUUUAUCUAUUGCUGCAGAUCACCGUGACGUUGUAUACAUGUGCUCCACAUUGGACAGUGUAAUUACUUGAUUAUCGUACUAUAAGUGCUAGUAUAACUUAGCUAGAAUCAUAUUCAAUCGUUUUGAUUUAUUUUCCCCAGUUUAAUUUUUUGUUUGUUCUGUACUGCAUGCUUAAACAUGGGUCCGAGUUUGAUAAUAAAAAAAAAACUUGUCCUUUCCUGUGCACACGUCUAGUUGAAAUUAUGUCUAAGUUGUCCUCUCGAUGUGUCUCAGUUAGUUUGUAAAGAGAGAUAUCUGAUAAUAUAUUGUCAGUAUUCUUGGAUAGGGUAGGCGAGUGUGCGUCAUUUGACAAGAAACACGGAGUUGCAUCGCUACUCCAAUUUGGCAAGAUUUGGAAACAGCUGAAUACUGCUCAUAAAGUUAUUUCCAUAUGAAGUAACAUGAGCAAUAUACAGAAUCAAGAGUUGGUGUUGAACACUUUGCAAGUUAUCUUGUCUAACCUAGUAUGUCUGCAUUGGUUUCCGUUUGUAGUUGUCCAAAUGCAGAAAAGGAACAAGACAGUCGUACAAAAAACUAAACUAGAGCUUUUGGUGUGCGUUGUCAUAGUUUCAAGCAAUGCUUAAUUUUUUAAUUUGAUAUAAACAUCAUCAUUGAAUCGCUUAACAUAUAAUCACAUCAACACCCUGAAAACUGAAAUCACCAACAAAUGUACCGAAAUUCAGUUCAUAUAAAUAAUCUUUUCACUCUUUUGUGUGAUUAUUAUAACUGUUGUAUUUGCUUUUAAUUCAAUUUCUAUGUUUAGCGCUUCCAAUAAAAGAAAAUAGGUGACAAAACAACUUUAUUAAAUGUACAGAUCAUACUCUUAAAUUCUCUACUACGGCACUGACUUGCAUAUAUUUGUACUGAUGAAAGGCAUCUACAGAUUUUUUUUGCUUAGUAGAUUAAAAGCAGCAGAGAGACUGCAACUGUUGUAUCAAUAAUGCUGCAUUCGAUGUGUACUGAUUUUGAAUACAUGAAAAUUUGCCACAGUUUGAAAAUUGCAAACUCAAUAAAUAUACUUAUGAAUGUAA